AUGACCUCGACCUCGAAUACACCCUUCGCUACGCCUGCGACGUCUAAUCCCAACACGAGGCCGAGCACACCGAACCCAACGACCCCUCCCACCGGUGCUGCUGUGCCUUCAGACAAUGACUUGCGGGAUGAUUCUUCCAAGUUAAGAACGUUUCUGGGCUUGCUCAAAAAGUUCAUUGGCGUCUCCGAUAUCGCGAAUGUUCGUUUCUCGUUACCUUCGCAGUUAAUCGAACCUAUACCAAACUUAGAGUACUGGCACUAUUUGGACAGGCCAGAAACAUUUGUCAGUAUAGGGAGAUCAAAUGAGCCUCUUGGGCGCAUGCUGGAAGUCCUGCGAUUUUGGUUCACCAAGGACUUAAAAUAUGUCAAGGGAAAGCCUUGUAAACCAUACAACUCGACGCUGGGCGAGUUCUUCAGGUGUGUUUGGGAAGUCAACCAGUCUGCCCCUCCCAUAUCAGAACCUUCCAAAGCACCGCCCCAACCACCCGCCGACCCAAGCCAACCUUUAGCAAAUGGAAACGCCGACCCAAAGACUGCCGAUAAGCAACCAAUUCGAGUAUCUUUCCUCACAGAACAGACUUCUCACCACCCGCCCGUCUCAGCCUACUUUUACGACUGUCCGCAACUGGGUAUCAGCGCUCGAGGCUAUGACCAAAUCUCGGCCAAAUUCACAGGUACAUCGGUGCGCGUCACGCCGGGUAUCUACAACCGAGGCAUCUUCAUCACUCUUGCGCAACGCAACAAUGAAGAGUACCAACUUUCCCACCCGGCCGCCUCACUUGGCGGCCUCCUCCGCGGGUCCCUCUACAUCUCCGUGGCCGACACCUGCAGCAUAACUUGCCCCCAGACGCGGCUAAAAUGCCUGCUUACCUACGUCGAGGAAUCCUGGUUCGGCAAGGCUCAAAAUCGUGUCCACGGGCUGAUCUUCCGCUACGACCCCUCAGAUGACAAGUACACGCGGCUCAAGGACGUGCCCGACAAGGACAUCCUCGCCAAAGUUGAAGGCUCCUGGCAAGACCAAAUCACAUACACGAUCCCCAACUCUGCAGCGGUCAAGGAGUCAAAGACGCUCCAGCCAACAUCCGACAAACAACUCCUCAUUGAUCUCCAGCCUUUGUUUCCCGUCCAGAAGAAAUGCCCAGCCCCCAACGAGCAGUUGCCGAACGAAUCCCGCACCUUCUGGUCCGAGGUCACCGCCGCGAUCAACGAGAAACGAUUCAGCGAUGCAACUCGGGUGAAGCAGGACCUUGAACAGGCGCAGCGAGACAAGGCUGCCAAGCGGAAAGAACUCAACGUUGAGUUCCAGCCUCGAUUCUUCACCGGCGUGACCGAAUCGAGCGGAAAACCAGAGUUGACCGAGUACGGCAAGGAAGUUCUCCGAGGCAUGGGCGAGGGCAAAUAUGGGAUCAAUUUUAUGCCGGAGCCGGGGAUUGACUGA